UUGAGGGAAGUCGUCAACAUCUUCUGUGACGUUUGUGGUGCCGUGGCUCGGCUUCAUCAGUGCCAGUCCCCUGUAAUUCAUCGGGACCUGAAGGUGGAAAAUCUGUUGCUGGACGAAACUAAGACGUGUUUACUGUGCGAUUUCGGCAGCGCGACUACGCGGGUGCUCUCGUCCGUUACUCAUUCGUACAAUGUAGUCGAAGACGAGGUGACCAGAUUCACGACGUUGUCAUAUCGGUCGCCCGAAAUGGUCGACAUCUACUCAGGGCAUCCGAUCACGACGAAGAGCGACAUUUGGGCGCUUGGCGUGCUUCUGUACAAAUUGUGCUACUUCACCCUUCCUUUCAAUGAGAGUGCGUUUGCUAUUCAGAAUGCCUCAUUCUCGUUCCCGUCAGAACCCGCCUAUCCGCCGGAGCUGAGAGCACUGAUAUUUUAUAUGUUGGAUCCAGACUGCAGUCGUCGACCAGAUAUCUACCAGGUGGCGGUGCUUGCAUUUCAGCUGGCCGAAAGAGAAUGCACGAUUAAGAAUCUUUCCAACUCAGAAGUAAGCGAUUUUCCGACCUUAAUUCAGCGAAUGAAAGCCAGCUUCGAAAAUAAGAGGCCUUCUAGUUCAGCUUCUAGCAGGCAUUCGGUUGAAACUCAUGUACAUAAAAGUUUGGGCGCCGCCGCCAGCACAAGUGUUACGCCAAGGCAGAGACCAAAACCACAACAGAUUCCUUCGCCGUCACUACAAUUUCCCGUCGAUUCGCACGUUUCAUGGAAAAGUUCAACGGAUGAUGUGUCCAGUAGCAAGUGCACCUCUGGAUUCAGCAACUCGGCCGGGCCAUUCGUCGUCACCGUCAAAGUGGACGAGUACCACGACGAUCGUGAGGGUGAACUGAAGGACCAUAAGACGACGGUUGCGAUCGAGCAGCCGUUCAAUGAACAGACGCCUCAUCCGCCGCCGCCGCCACCUUUCCAGCGCACCCACCGUCGCAACGUCAGCGACCCAACGGUGAUUCAAAAUUUCGAACGCAGUUCAAGGCCAUACCACUCACAGCAGCAUGUGUCGAGUAGCAGUCUGCCGAGAAACCCGUUCGACAUCGACGACACGAUUUUCGGCGACCGUUUUGACAGACUCCCUCGAAGAAGAGGCUCGCCAAGCAGCACCGCCAACGUUAAGAGCAGAGAAAGCUUAGUAAUGACAGUUGAUGAAAACGACCCGUUCGGGACUGCACCGUUCAAAUUAUCAAAAGAUAUGGCUCGCAUGAAAAUCACGUCGUCUAAGCAUUCGAGCGAGAAAGUGCUUCAUUAUCGUAAAUUGGUAGAAAUGGAUGAUGUUGAUAUGGGUGUAUCAAAGAAGUGCUCGGUUGGUACGAACGAUGACAUCGACUCGGUGGGCUCGGCUACCGAUCUGCAGGCAAGAAUGGAAGCAAGCAGUUCGUCUGAAUACGAGGAGGACGGUUCGGUAUCCGUCGGCGACGUCGAGCCUGAUGAUUUUUACCCAGGUUCGUCGCAUGCAUCGCACAUUGAUGCUGGGGCUGAUCAGAAUCUUUUCACUGAACCGGAGAUUAUGGGCAGAUGCCCGUUACUGACUGACGAAAAUGAUGCCGAGGAUUUGGAAGUACCGGAGUCAAUGGAGAUGAGCCUGCUGUCGAGGCGUGGCGCCAUCGAAGAGAAGCACACGCCGGUGCGCGACAUGACGUUGAACAAUGAUGUGUUCGUAAACGCUCCGUUUCUUUUGGCCUCAGCACCCUCUAGAAUGUCGUCUGCAGUGUCGUCGGCGCUGACCAUCGACCGCGAUCGAUAUCGACUACGGAAAAACCACAACCGUCUUUCAGACGAGCUGGAACUUGACUUUGUACGCCAUCCAAACGUGAACGUGUUCGAUACGGACAUAGCUGCUAGAGAGGCAUCGGCCGUAUCGAAGAAGGCGGCUUUCAUAAACUGCAGUUUCCAAGAGGACGAAACUUUCCGUCUCUGACA